GAAGCUAGAGAGACAAAAACGAUCUUCUUUUCAAAAACCCAAAGCCCAAAUUUCACUUUCUCAACCAAGCCAUCGAUCCAACAAAUUAGGACCCAAAAAACACACAUAUAAACCUACCAGGAAUAAAACACAGUGUUUGAUUCUCUCUCUGUGCUAAAGCAGAAAGAGGGGUUUCGUUCUUCAACAUUUGCGGUUGAGGGAACCAGAAUAUAUUGACAGGAGGAGGCACUCAGUGAGUAUCAUGGGUGUCAAAAUCGCUUUUCGACAUAAUGGAAACAAUGGAGAUGAUGUUCAACCCUCACAAACUGACCAGGGUGUUCCUUGUGUUGCGGCUUCAUCAAACAAGGUUUUGCAGAAAUCCCAAACUUCUCGGCGCAUUAAAGGGGAGAAGAGUGUUCUUGAUGAUAUAAUGGGAGAUCCAGAUGACUUUGGAGAUCUUGAUGUUGGGUCAGACGGUGAUGGCGGUCGUUGGGAGGAUACAUGUAAAAUGCGCUAUGAAGAGGAGAGAAUCUUGGAGGGAAAGCUUCCCCUGGUGGACAUGGACUCUAAGGGCAUGGUGAAGGAUUCAUCAAUUGAAAGCCUCAAAGAAAAUGGUUCUAUAGUUGAUUCAUCGUUAACUGACAGCAAACAUGACCUUGACAACCUUGAUGAUCCAGGAAGCUCUAGCCUUAAAGCGAAUGAACACUUGACUCUGUCAAUGGCAGAAGAGAGAGCAAAUCGUUCGUGUGGAGUGGGUAACUCCUGUGCUAUAGGAAAUCGAAAGAUGCAUAAAACAAGAUAUUUUGUAAUAAAAAGCUUGAACCAUCAGAAUAUUCAACUAUCGAUUGAGAAAGGUAUUUGGGCCACUCAAGUGAUGAAUGAGCAGAUUUUGGAGGAAGCAUUUCAUAGUUCGGAUAGAGUAAUUCUAAUAUUUAGUGUCAACAUGAGUGGGUUUUUCCAAGGGUAUGCACAAAUGAUGUCUCCUGUUGGUUGGAGGCGGGAGAAUGUUUGGAGUGGGUCAAGUGGUGGAAGUAAUCCAUGGGGCCGGACUUUCAAAGUAAAAUGGCUCCAAUUGAAUAAUUUGGCUUUCCAGAAGACACUUCAUCUCAAGAAUCCACUAAACGACUACAAACCUGUGAAAAUAAGCCGAGACUGCCAGGAGUUAACCCAAGAAGUUGGGGAAGCUCUGUGCGAACUUUUAGAUGGAAGAAUUGAUAUGGAUGGCAAACAGAAGAGGGGCAAUGCUUUUAGAGAUGAUUUACUUUUUAAAAGACCCUGCAGGGAAUCCUCGAGCCCUUUGCCAGACGAGGAUUAUUCUCAAAAUACCUGGGCCAGGACACCAAUGCACUAUCCUCCCUUGUGUUAUCCAAAUGUCGCACUAGCUGAAACGCAGCAACAACCGUUAUCACUAGGAACCUCUUCCCGAGGAUCUGUGUUAGAUGUCCUGCCACCUCACUUAGAAGGACCAAAUGUCACCUGUUUUAGGCAACCUUAUAUUCCUGGGAAGCUAGGCAGUCGACAUGCUGACAGAGAUAGCCUUUCUCGAAUGGAAAUAAAUAAGGCAUUAAUUGAUGAAAAUUUUCGUUUUAUGGAUGGCCUGUCUGAUGAAGAUAUUCUUGAUAUGACAUACGAAGACUAUCUCAGGGUUCACGGCCUUGGAAACGAGACACCUAACCAUCAGGUCGCAGGAUUACGAAGAACCAUUAGGGGGACGUCGGCAAUUGCAGAUCAGAAUGAUGACCAAUAUUUGAGAUAUCUGGCUGAUUGGUAUCGCUCUCAGAAAGGAACACUAACGGGUACCAUGAACAUCCCCCACAAAUAAAUUCGUCGUUAUGGAAGUUUUUGCUCCGCGAUGCAGACUGGAGGGUUUUGGGUCUUUUACCGCCAUAAAUCGAGGAUUGUACAGCAUUAGUUCUAUCUGUGAUCCUCUUCAAUCUGGGGAUUUUAAUUCUUUUUCCUUUCCGUACUUCUUGUUAAAUUUCCCAAUUGGGUGUACAUGAUUUAUCAAAAAGCUGUACAUAUAAACAAGAAAGCAGCAUCUCUCUUAUUCUUUGUUGUUGUUUGAUGAUUAUACUAGUACUGUAACAGUAGCAACGGUUAGACUUUUUUAUUUUGUAAUGCUUCAGUGUUCUUUCGACUUGAAGGCUUUUCAAGUCCCAUCUUUUCCCUGAUAAUGUCACUAAUAAAUUUAAUGAAAUCAUGCAUUUGAAA